AGACGUUCCCAUGAAGAAACAUCGUCUCUUGAAGAAUUUGCGACAGCAACAACGGGCAAGAAUUGCCCUCCCUAUCGAUGAGGCCAUCAUGGAAGUGGCAGACGAAAUAUGGCAGACCCCUACAUCGGCUGCCCCAGCUAGUAAGAGGGUUGAUAGGAAGUAUUUCGUACCUGCUAAAGGACUGGAUUUCCUUUUCAACCACCCUCAACCCAACUCUGUUGUAGUUGAUGCGGUACAGCGGAGGGCUAAGGCUCCUCAAUAUAAGAAUACAAUCCAAGACAAGGAUAAUAAAAAAUUGGAUGUGUUUGGAAGAAAGGUUUACUCUUUAGCUACGUUAUUGUUACGAGUCGCAAAUUAUAUGGCCCACCUUUCUAACCACAAAUUUGAUAACUAUUCAAAGCUUACAGAGCUACUACAAUAUCUACCUGAUGCUAAGAAACCCUUACUGAAGGCCAUAGUCCAAGAAGGAUAUAUAGCCUGCAAUAUUACCUUGCAGAUGGCCAUGGAUGUGGCCGACACAGCUGCACGGGCCACGGCUACGGGGGUCGCAAUGAGGCGGUCUUCCUGGUUAUCAUCCGCCGGAACUUUGCGGGAGCUUCAGAAUAAAGUAGAAGAUCUACCCUUUGAGGGUACCAAGUCAGUUUCGGGGAAAAGGAUUUUAUUCCCGGUACUUCCUUACCCCAAAGAAGACAGGAGGGUGGAGACCCAUUUUGGACCUACGCAAGCUAAACCGCUACCUCAGGAAACAUCGCUUCAAGAUGGUGACCCUAAAUGCCAUCAUUCCACCGUUGAACAAGGGAGACUGGUUUGCAGUCCUCGACCUGCAAGACGCCUACUUCCACAUAGCGAUCCAUGUGGCACACAGGCGUUUUCUCCGCUUCCAGCUAAGUCAAGAACAUUUCCAGUACAGAGUACUACCUUUCGGCUUGGCAUGUGCACCCAGAGUUUUCACCAAAACCUUAGCGGUAGUGGCUGCACACUUGUGCAGGCUGGGAGUGACAAUUUUCCCAUACUUGGACGAUUGCCUCCUAAGAGGCCAAACUUAUUCAGAGGCCAAACACAUGGUGACAACAGCCUCAGGUUUUUCACUCUCUGGGUCUACUCAUAAACAUGCAGAAAUCCUCGCCAGAACCUACACAAGAUCUGAUCUUUAUAGGGGCGAGGCUCGAUUCAAGAACAGCGCGCGCUUAUUUACCCGCCGAACGUUUCGCCGCUAUUCAAGAUCUUGUUCACACGCUGACGUAUGCUCCAACGAUUCCCGUCAGAGUGCCGUUACAACUACUGGGACACAUGGCUGCCUCAACAACUAUUGUUCAAAACGCAAGGUUACAUUUUCGCUGCCUUCAACACUGGCUGACUACAGUAUACACUCCGAUGAAGGAUAGCAUUCACAAGGUGGCGGCGAUACCAUCACAUGUACAACAAUCCCUACAGUGGUGGACCAAGUCCACCAAUGUUAUGGCGGGCAUUCCUUUUCACCGUCCUCAACCGUCAAAGCAAAUAACAGAUGCAUCCCUUACUGGCUGGGGAGUGCAUAUGGACGACAUGACGGUUCAAGGUCACUGGUCUCCGCAGGAGAUGCUCUUACAUAUCAACAUUCUCGAGUUAAGAGCAGUACGUCAUGCAUGUCAGCAUUUUCAGUCCCAUAUAAGGAACACGACCGUCAGAAUCCUUACGGACAAUAUUGCCACCAUGUACUAUGUAAACAGACAGGGAGGGGCUCGAUCCCAGUCCCCCUUUGUAUAGAAGCGAUGCGCUUGAGGAACUGGUGUACCCGCAUCAAUACCAUCUUGACAGCCACCUAUUUGC